AUGGACAACUCACGAUCCAAACUCCCUAGUAAGGAAGGGGCUUCCGGCUUCGAAAAUCUCCGGACGAGUCGUAUUGUUGUUGAAGAAGAAAAGAUUUCACAAAUCGAAACAUCUCAAAGUUGUGUCGGCCAAAAUGGAGCAAUUUCCAGUGCAACAUCUGACCUCUACCUCCAUGGGUGGAAACUUGGAAUAGUAAUCACCUCCCUCACCUUGGGAAUCUUUCUCAUUGCUUUAGACACGACAAUCAUAGGCGUCGCAAUUCCUAAAAUCACGUCCGAAUUCAAGAACUUGAACGAUAUUGCGUGGUUCGGGAGCGCAUACCUGUUGACCGUGACAGCUUUCCAGCCCUCUUUCGGGACUCUCUACAGAUUCUUCAAUGUGAAAAUUGUAUACAUAGUUUCUAUUGUUGUGUUUGAAGUUGGGUCAAUCCUUUGUGCAGCAUCUCCCUCAUCCCCAAUAUUUAUCCUCGGCCGCGCCAUUUCAGGCUUUGGCGCAGCGGGGAUAUACCAAGGAGCUCUAGGUAUAGUUGGUUAUACGGUGGUGCUGGAGAAGAGACCCCUAUAUUUUGGCAUCGUUGUUAGUUCCUUCGCGGUAAGUGCAUGUGUUGGACCUAUACUCGGUGGAGCUUUGACGGAUCAUGUUACUUGGAGGUGGUGUUUCUGGAUAAAUGUUCCAAUCGGCGGCGUCGUUCUAGUCAUUGUCUUGUUCUUCUUGAAGAUGAAAAGUCAAGAGAACGCCACAUUGCCCUUGAAGACAAAAUUAAAGUACGUUGAUGGCACGGGCACUGUGACAUUUAUUGGUGCCAUUUGCUGCUUGCUCUUAGCACUCCAAUGGGGAGGUCAAACUAUGCCGUGGAACUCAUCUAAGGUCGUAGGUUUGUUUGCCGGUUUUGCCCUGCUGGUGUGCAUUUUCGGACUUAUACAAUUUAAAAAGGGAGAAUACGCAAUUAUUCCCAUUCGAGUUAUGAGUCAACGGUCAGUCGCAAUGUCAAUGGGUCUAUUGUUUUUUGUUCUCAUGGGGUUGACAAUUCUCUCGUACUAUAUUCCGAUAUACUUCCAAUCCGUUAGAGGAUUAUCAGCCACAACAAGUGGAGUACGAAUAAUUGCCUUAAUCGUUCCGCAAAUGGUAUUCCUGAUGCUUGGUGGUAUUGUGGCCACAAAAUGGGGUUACUAUACUCCAUAUAUAAUUGCAGGGGCGAUGGUUUGCACAAUCGGAUGUGGUUUGCUCACGACUAUUGGGCUUGAUACUCCAACGGCGAUAUGGGCAACAUACGAAGUCAUCAUUGGCAGUGGAUUAGGAGGAUCAUUACAACUGCCAUAUACUGCACUCCAAUUAGUUUUGGACGAGAAUGACCUACCAACUGGAAAUGCUCUUGCGGUAUUCGCAUCUCAACUAGGAGGUGCCCUCGGUCUUUCAAUUAGCCAAGCGUUACUCCUCACAAAUUUGCAAACCAAUAUACCUCGCCUAGUGCCAUCGAUAUCCCCAGAAACGAUCAUGCGUGCUGGUGCAUCCAAUCUGGACCUCUUGACGGCGGAUCCUGAGGUGUUGAAAGCCGUACGUGGAGGAUGGGCUGACGCUGUCCGAGUGGUCUUCAUUCUUGCAGUGGUGGCCUCUGCGCUGUCUAUACCCUUUGCUUGUGGGUUGGAGCACCUCAAUGUACAUGUGGUCGCGAAGAAGAGAAAAGAGGCCAACGAGGAGGACCAGAAUCGGGCAUAA